AUGUUCUCGCAGCAGCCAAAGCGAAGAGAUACUGACGAUGGAGAUUUCAAUUCGAUGCCUCAAAGUCAGCAAAGUCAGCCUCGCAACCCAAAGAGAUUUAGACGAUCGAUGCACGAAUAUGAGAUCAGAGGAAUCACAGUAAAGUUUCCUUUUGCUGCUUAUGACUGCCAAAUCGAACUAAUGUCCAAAAUCAUUGAAUCACUUCAAACGAGAGGAAACGCUCUUAUUGAAUCGCCAACUGGAACAGGCAAAACGCUGUGCUUGCUGUGCGCGACACUCGCAUGGAGAGAAGCGUAUAUCGCAAGACAACAGUUGCAUCGAGCUGCCAAGGAGAAACCUCUACCUCCAGGUGCUGAUGCUACAAGAGAACAAUUGGAUGCUAUGAUCUCUACAAAUCCUGCCAACGAAAAGUAUGAAGAAGAUCCACCAAAGAUUUACUAUGCAUCUCGUACACAUUCGCAACUAUCGCAAUCUGUCCGUGAACUCAAGGCUACAGCCUAUAAACCGAGAAUGACUGUGCUCGGGAGUAGAGAACAGCUGUGCGUACAUCCUGAAGUCAAGAAAGCAUCUACUAGCACAGUGCAGAACGCACUUUGUCGAAAGAUUGUCAAGAAUAAGAGUUGUGUUUUCAAGUCCAACACUGAAACCGUAAUUGCCAAAGAGAGCCCACAAACGAUGAUUCAGGAUAUCGAAGAACUGGUGCAAUUUGGGCUUUCUCAGAAAGCAUGUCCUUACUUUAUAUCACGAGAUAUUUUGGAAAAGGCAGAAGUCGUAUUCCUGCCAUACAACUACCUCGUAGAUUCAAACACUCGAACAACUCAAAAGAUUAAUGUCGCGAACGCCAUCUUGAUAUUUGAUGAAGGUCAUAAUCUGGAAGGUUCAUGCAGUGAUGCCACUUCAGUCGAAAUCACUACAAAGGACUUGAAUGAUUGUAUCAAGGAAGUGCAAUUAUGUGUCGAGAAAUUCAUGUCUCCACAUGAAGACUAUGUAGAAGUAUCACCCAAUGAUUUCGCCAUGCUCAAAGCCUUGCUGGUCAAGUUCUUGGAAGAUAUCGAGAACCUGAAGCUUUCCACCUCUUCCAACUCAUUGACCAAGUCUGGAGAUUACAUGUUUGAGCUACUUGCCCUUCUUAACAUCAGCGUCAUGACUGUGGGUGACCUCAUGCAAAUACUGGACGUUGCGGUGGAAGUUCUCAUAGCAGACGCUCAAGAAAAAGGGAGAUCAACCAAGUUGGGCUUGAUUGCUCUCAAACAAAUGUUAAGCAUUGUCUUUCCUGGAUGUGAUUCGAAACAAAGGCAACCCAGAGAUAUUCGGGCCUUGUCAAGGCAAUACAAGGUGCAUAUCCAGUCAGAAAACCUAGUCCAAUUCGGAGCAAGAAAGCCCGGUCAAGCUCCUGAACAAAUCCGAACCUUGAGCUUUUGGUGCUUUAGUUCUGGAAUUGCCAUGCAGGAUUUGAUCAUUUCAAAGAAUAUUCGGAGUGUUAUACUUGCUAGUGGUACCUUGAGUCCUCUUGACUCCUUUGCUUGUGAACUUGCCAUACCUUUCCCAAUACGGCUUGAAAAUCCACACGUAAUCGAGCCUCAUCAAGUGCAUGUCACUGUGGUUCCUGUUGGUCCAGCUGGUUACAAACUUAACUCGUCGUACGAAUAUCGGUCAUCUAAUGAGUAUAUUUCUGAUAUGGGCAACACAAUUGUGAAUUUUUCGCGGAUUAUACCUGAUGGUCUCUUGGUCUUCUUUCCAUCAUAUGGUGUCAUGUCAUCUUGUACCGAGUCUUGGAAGUUUGAGGCCCGUGGACAAAAAUCAAUAUGGGAUCGCAUUCGUCAAAACAAGGAAAUCAUCAUGGAGCCCAAAUCGAAGAAUGACUUUGCACAUGCCAUGGAUGAAUUCUAUGCAAAACUCAAAGAUCCUGCUCGUCGCGGUGCAGCAUUCUUUGCUGUAUUUCGUGGCAAAGCGUCAGAAGGAUUGGACUUCAGUGAUUCCAAAAGUAGAGCGGUUAUUAUAUGUGGAAUACCUUAUGCACCAUCGAAAGAUCCCAAGGUGUUGCUCAAGAGAGGGUAUCUAGAUUCGAACAUGUCUUUUGCACGAGCGCAAGGAAUCACGGCACUCUCAGGUCAAGAUUGGUAUAAACAGCAGGCCGUCAGAGCAGUCAAUCAGGCUAUAGGGCGUGUCAUUCGUCAUCGUCGUGAUUAUGGAGCUAUUAUACUGGCUGAUGAGAGGUUUGCUCAACCGCAAAACAUCAAACAGUUGCCAUUAUGGGUUCGACCAUACGUCAAAGUUGCAAGCAACUUUGGACAAGCGCAAAUGGAUUUGAUCAAGUUUUUUAAGAAUAUCGAUGAAGUCCAGAAACGAUUGGAUACCGCGGAACAAGCUUCUGACUUAUUUGAAGAAAUUCCAGAUACCCUAAUAUCUCAACGAACAGAUAGUACAGCCAGUCGGCCUCCGAAAUCGUCAUUUGCUACUUCACAUCCAGAGCAAAUCAAGGUCGCUAGUCAAACCAUGAAAAGAAAUGGCUCUAGGUCUCUGCUUGAUACUUUGCAAGGACAAAAGACUCAAGGCAUGGACUUUGAUUCUGUGAAUGGAGAUUCUCGAAAACCCAUUUCGCAGGGAUUUGGUGUACCAAACAGCCUUCAGAAUAUGAUGGGAGGAAUGGUCGGAACAGCUCCGUCUUCAUCAUCUUCACAAACAAGGCCGAUGCUAAAGCCAACAUCAUCGAGCAGUCAAAAGAAACCUACCCAGACAACCUUGUUUCUUCAAGGCUCUGGAUCUGUAUUAGCAACAGCAUCGUCAUCAUCAACCGCUACAACUGAGAAGCCAAAUGGUGCUCCAGAGUAUAUUGCAUCUGUCAAGAGAUCAGUUCCGACUGAAGUGUUUAAGAGAUUUGAGAACGCCUUGAAAGGUUUCAAGGCUGGUAAACUCAACGUUACAAACUUAAUCGACGAGUUGGUAGAGCUCUUUACGUGUGUGGACUCGAGUAGUGCAGAGACAUGGAUGUCUCUGAUGCUCGGAUUCAGAACAUUCCUUACACCGUCAAAACAAAAGGAAUUCGAUACAGCAGUUAGGAAUCUAGGUGUUGCGAUUUAA